AUGGAUUUAGUGCCACCUCUAGCUGCUGUUCAAGCAUGCAGUGUUCAACCUUUAGAAGACUACGACGGACCAAGAGCUCCUUUACGGAGACAGGUUUCAUUGGACGAGGAACGUCGUGAUGAAUGCCGGGGACACUGGAGGGGCGCUCACAUACAAGAUGAAGAGGAAGAGAAAGGAGUCCGUCUGUUCAGGGCUUUGUUGCUGCAGCAUCUUAGACUUGAAGAGCUUAGGCCUCCACCUUGUUACUUGGCGGCGGCUAAACCUGAUCCUAGAGGCUGGUGGAUAUACUGGCGUGACUGGCGGGCUCUGGAACGUGCGUCCAAGAAGUUUAGGGAGAGCAUCGCUCGCGGUAGACUGGCAGCCAAGGCUGAGCAUAUAUCACUGCUGAGUUUGGAUGAAGUGGAAUUCGAAGAUAUAAUGCAGGAGUUGUGCCAGAGGUGUGCCCACGUGGAACAGCGCGCGCUUGUGGUCCUAGCAUUUCUGUGUGAGGUCUGUGCCAGAGCUGUCAGGGUGGGAGGCUGGUGCAGGGCCGCCGACUGGGCUGCCAGGCACGUGGCACAGUGCGCCACACCCUGGGCUAUCAAGCAUGGUGGUUGGAGUGCAGUAGUGGAGCGAGCUGGUGGUCCCCGCAGAGACGACUCGACCUUCAUAGCCGGAGCUGCAGUGGCAGCAUUGCUCGCUUUCCUCCUGUUCUGCCGCGCUCGCCUGCGACAUGCUCUACUCUAA